UCGAGUUGAACUUCCGACCGGAUGGCAGCCCGCCAACCCUCGAGCGAACACCCGCCAAAAGCACACAAGUCAACCCGUUACCCAUGUUCGCGAUCGAACGAAUGCGAGUUCCUCCGAACAAGAACAUCCCCAAGACCUGUUCCCGUUCUCUCUCUCCGUCGCAGCUCCCGAUGAAGACGAGGGCGGCGGCGGCGAAUCGCAAUGCCAGGCGGCGCGGGGGACCCGGGAACUCGCCGAGCCGAGCGAGCGAUCACGCCGAGUCGCUCAAACCUCGGACGGGCCGGCGGACCAGGCCGAUCGCCGCCCCGAAAGCGGCGAGUCCCGGAAGUCAGCUUCAACUUCCGCAGCGACCCAUUGGAGCUCCGCCCUCGAGCUCGUCCCUCGACCAGUUCAAGAUUCUCUCACGGGAAUUUUUUCAAAUAGAUGCUCUGGACCUCGCGCCGCGGUUGCUGGGGAAGUUCCUGAGGCGAGACGACGUUGUUCUUCAGAUUACUGAGGUGGAAGCUUAUCGGCCAAAUGAUUCAGCUUGCCAUGGUCGAUUUGGCAUUACGGCAAGGACAGCACCAGUUUUUGGACCAGGAGGACAUGCGUAUGUGUAUCGCUGCUAUGGUCUCCACACAAUGCUUAAUGUUGUAGCAGACAAGGAAGGAGUUGGAGCGGCUGUCCUGAUUCGCUCUUGUGCUCCAGUUAGUGGGCUAGAGACCAUCCAGAAACGUAGGAGUCAGGAAACGGAGAAGCCUGUGCUACUUGCCGGGCCUGGCAAGGUUGGCCAAGCACUAGGACUUUCAACUGACUGGUCGAGCCAUCCCCUUUAUACUCCUGGUGGUUUAGAAAUCCUAGAUGGGCCAAAGCCGGAAAAUAUACUGAUUGGUCCACGUGUGGGCAUCGAAUAUGCCUUGCCCGAUGAUGUCAACGCACUAUGGAGAUUCGCCAUCGCAGGUUCAGCUUGGGUAAGUUCCCCGAGAAACACUCUAAGGCUACCUGGAUUAUAGACUGGACGCAUGUUUGAAGACCUUUUGCGAGAGGGGCGUUGCGACAAGGCAACACAGAACUAUGAUUGAUCUAGGAUUCCCCAAGAUUCUUAUGGGAUGUUGGUGAGACAAGGCGUUUUCAACUCUGGAAAUUGGAGGUGAUGAAUGUAUAUAUUUUUUUCUUUGCAAUGGAUAACAAAAAGGUGAAGGACAACGCUGAAAUGGGAUAAUGUCUCCAAAUGAACUCUGGGAUCCAAUUAACAAUUUUUCCCCUUGCUUUGCUAAA